GCGCGGGCGCCGCCCAGACCUGUUGCUGGCGCUUGGCUGGGGUCCCGCGCGCGCGGUGGUUCGGGCCGUUGGACCUUGUGAGUGGUGUGGGGCUCAGGCGACGCCUGGGCUCCCCGAGCAGAGCGAGGCCGGCCGACUUUCUCCUAAGCAUGGGCAAAAGGACUUCUUUGUACUUCUUGUGACAACUUCUACGGGCUUGAGAGAUUCAUGGACUUCUGUGGUCUCUUGAGGUGGAGUAUUGUGAUGUUUUCUAAAACGGACCCCCAUGGCUUGGGAGGAACAUCCUAGUCAUGAAGAGGUUAGGGGUGAGAAAUGGAGUCGACAUAUCUUCAAAAGUGCCUCGGGACGUGUCUAACUCAAGGUCUUGCAGAAGUGGCGAGAAAUCGCCCAGUGGAUCCAGUAGAAUAUUUAGCAUUGUGGAUUUACAAAUAUAAGGAAAAUGUGACCAUGGAGCAGCUGAGACAGAAGGAAAUGGCCAACCUGGAGCGUGAGAGAGAACUGGCUUUGAUAGAGCAGGAAAUGAUGGAGAGCCUCAAAGCAGAGGAGCUCCUGAUUCAGCAGCAACAGCUGGCAUUCCAGCUGGAGUUGGAAAUGCAAGAAAAAGAGAGACAAAGAGUAGAAGAACUACACAGAGCUCAAGAACAAUUAGAGAAGGAGAUGGGAAUGAAUAUAGAAAACAUACCUACGAGUGAAGAUAGUUCACAUUCAGAGGAUAUAACACCAGACUCAGGCAAAACGCUAGCUGAAAUUAGCGAUCGAUACGGGGCACCUAACCUGAGCAGAGUGGAAGAACUUGAUGAGCCAAUGCUGUCUGAUGUUGCAUUAAACAAUGAUCAAGAUUUGUAAGAUCAACCAACCCAAGAGCAAUACAUUUUUCUGCUUGUUUCAAGUUUCAAAACAUGAGGUUCCCGACUGUAUUUUUUUCCUCCAAACCUGAACUCUGCUUUUUUUUUUUUUUCUAAAGACAGCUUUAUAAAUGGGCUUUCAAGGGUAGCCUUAACAGGU